CUAAACAAAUUAAAAAUUGUAAAAUUUGUGGUGGCGGCGAGAUCCUGAUUGAAUCAUCUUCGCUUCGCCGCUUGGGCGGUGGUCGUCGUCAUCGUUACUAGUUACAUCGUCUCUAACUAGUUACUGUGAUUAAUUUUUUUUUUUUUUUUUUUUUUUAAAGAAAAGAGAAAAAUGCAAAAUCGAGUAUCGUCGUCUUCUGCUUCCUUCUCUACUAUCUAACUCAGGCGGAGCUAAUUUUCUCUCACUCUUUGGACGACCAUGGCGGCGGAUGACGGCGACCCCUCCAAAUUCGCUGCAAUUUACGACUCAUCCUCUCCGUCGCACCCUCUUCUCUCAAAACCCUCCACGUCGGCUCUCGAUUCUCCGCGUCGAAGUGAUCCCGAGUCCGACCCAACUCAGUUCCUUCAGAUCUCAUACAAUUUUGGCCCCAGACCUUUCAAGGACAUCCCUUUCCUACUUCUCUUCGAUCUUCUCGUCCUCUCCACCUUUGCUUUUGGUAUCUUCUCCGUAUUCCACAGAAACAGCGAUUACGGGAGCUCCUCUUCCUUCACCUACGAUUUCACCUCUAGCUCCUGCGUCAAAAAUUCCACCUUUGCGAAUAAUAAUGCCUACUGGGCUUCUUCGACUGUCAUGUACGGUUUGCUUUCUUCGUCUGAUUCAGUCUUUGAGAAGAAUUUGAUCUGGACCCUUGUUGUAACGCUCAUUUUAAGCGCGCCCUUUUGUUUUAGUGUCCUUCUUUUGCUCAAACACUACACUAAGCAGAUCGUUUAUGCUUGUUUGCCUCUCUUUGUCCUCUUUCCCAUCUUUUUCAAUGUCUAUUGGUUUGUCGCUUGUACUCUUAGCUCUUCUUGUAGUCACUCCCUCCCUCUAGCUUACAGAAUACUUGUCCUAGUCUUCCUUUUCUUAGUCAUCGGGAUCAUUGUCUGGAUCAUAGUAGCUAAUUGGCACAGAAUUGAGCUCACCAUCCAAAUCAUCGGUGUUGCAUCCGAUGCCUUGUCCAAAAACUUGAAGCUUUUUCUUGUCUUGCCAUUGCUCACUCUCGGGUUAGUGGUGUACUAUGCACCCAUUGUGGUGUUCUUGGUGUUUGCAAGGUUUAAUGGCAAGUUUGUGCCGCGGGAGCUGGAUGGUGAUUACUUUUGUGAGUGGCAGGAGGAUUCUUGGGUUCCUGCGUAUUACGCGCUUGCCAUUUUGACGAUGCUCUGGUCUCUUGCUGUAAUGGUAGAAAUGCAAGUGUAUGUGAUAAGUGGAGCUAUUGCUCAGUGGUAUUUCUCCAAGGAAGACUCAAUCCCUAAAAAAUGCAUUCGGAGUUCUUUGAGGAACGCAUUUGGUCAAUCCUUUGGUACAAUAUGUGUAUCAGGACUUCUCAUCUGCAUUGUUCGUGUGGUCCGGGCAAUUGUGGACAAUGCAAGAGAAGAGAACCCACAAGGCAUAGUGAAUUUGGUGCUCCGUUGCUGCGCAAACGCAUUACUCGGAGCACUAGACUAUCUCAACAAGUUCACCAUCAACUUUGCAGCAAUAACAGGCGAAGCCUAUUGCACCUCUGCGAAAAUGACUUACGAGCUAUUAAGACGCAACCUACUGUCAGCUGUUUUUGUUGAAACAGUGUCCACCAGAAUCCUAACCGGAAUAGUCUCUGUCCUCUCAGCCGCAUAUGCAGUCGCACAGACAUGGGCAGUUCUGAGAGGAGUGAGCAACCUGGGAAAAGAUUCGUACUUGGUGGCUAUACUGGCAUGGGUCGUACUGAUAGUGAUCUUGGCGUUCUUUGUACAUGUUCUAGACGAUGUGAUAGACACAAUAUAUGUAUGUUACGCGAUAGAUCGAGACAAAGGGGAUGUAUGUAAGCAGGAAGUUCACGAGGUAUAUGUUCACUUGCCAAUCAGCAGAAGCACAAGAUCGUCUCUGAUCCCAAAUGCACUUAAUGCAUAGGAUAACAUGACAGGAUCCAACAGUACUGCUUGUUGUAUUUGUUUUUUUUCUGUCUUUUUUUUUUUACACACUAUUGUAAAUUCUCCUGAGUAGAGAGAGUGAAUCUGGUGGAAUUGUGUUCUUGGUUGCGGUUUAUAUUGACGUUUUUGUAGAGUUAUUGGGGGUAAUCUUGAAUAAGAUUAGGAAUUUAUACUUUUUUUUUUA